UCAGCACCGUGUAUUUCGUCUGCUCUCUGCGAUGCGCUGGAACGUUCCUUUGGGCUAAACGUGCCUCAGCUGUCCACGGCACCCGACACACUUGGCGACUCCGCCUGACCCGGGAGUGCCCUGGGCCCCAGGGACAGGGUCCCUCCUUCCUGACCACCCCCUCAUGGGAGUGCUGAGACCGGUCAGCACCCAGCCCUGGGAGCUCCGUGUCCCCUCCUCGUGUCUAUGUCAAUUACAUUCUGCAUCUGGUGCUUAAGCUCCCCUGCACUCUCUUGUAGCAAAUCACCCUGUGUAGCUGUUUGCAUUUCAGGAAGCAGAUGGCAGUCAGAUAACACAGAGGCAAUGAACCCAAUUACCGGUCCGCCGGACCCAGUUACCGGACUGCCUGACGCCAGCGAUGCCGGUUUUGAAAUAAUGCAACAAGAAGAAGAAUGCAGGACCUUGACCACUUUGAUCCUUAUUACUACUCCCUGGACUGCGGUGGCCGCCCGAGGGGCCAGGAGGCCACCCGGGGCCUCCAGGCCUGUGUGGGCAUCCUGUCUGCAGCCAGCGUCCCCGAGGCCGCGCUGGGCCCAUAAUCACUCAGUGAGGCUGCGCCGCGACAGCGCGGCAGACUUUUUCUGGCGCUGUGAGGACCUGUGCGCAUCUCAGGAUUGGGUGCCUCUGCCCGAUGUGCGCUCCUUCUUGCGGGAGGGCCUGCUGGAAUUCCAACGCCCACUGCCUCCGCGGGGUGGACUGGACGCCGCCCCUGAGAAUCCUCUGCCCCUGAUCUGUAUGCAGAGCUUCUUCCAGCCAUGGCUUGGCGAGGCGGCUUUGUACUUCCAGCUUCCAGGGGCUCUCGUGUCGGCGCUGUGAAGCGGGGUUUUUACAUGGUGCAAGGUGGAAGGUGGGCAUUAGAACCGGUGCCCAGUGCCCGGGUGUGCGUGCACUAGAUGGGGCGUGCGGACUAGGACACCUGCCAGCUCGGUGACCCCGGCCGGCCGAGUGCCUUAAGGCUUCCAGGUCUCAGUGUUCUCAUCUGUAGCACGGGCUGAACAGGACUCACUCUCU